AUGGUAGAAGGUCUUCCUCUUCUUGCGAUAAACUUACAUAAAGAGAGAAGGAAUUUGUCAGUCAAACUCAGUAAUUGUGUUCUUUUCUUUGAAUCGAGAGGGACAGCGCGAACGCAGUCCCAGCUACCAAAAAUUGUGCACCCCAAGCAACCGCGAUUUGCGGAUGUGGCGAACGUCAACCCUCCGAAGUGCAAUGGAAGGUCUCUGCUCGGGGGAGCCUCCUUGUUGAUCAAGGCAUCCCCAGUGCCAGUUGUAACAGGCGGAAGUGAUGGAAUUGGAAAAGCUUAUGCUGAAGAGUUAGCUGCAAGAGGUUUUGAUAUAUGCUUAAUCAGUCGAAAUGUUGAGAAACUCACUUCUGCAGCGAAAGAAAUUGAGGUAAAGCAUAAAGUGUCAGUCAAAACUAUAUGUAUUGAUUUUACUGAUGGUCCAGGAAUUUACAAGGAAAUUGAGAAUCAGCUUAGAAAUUUAGAGGGAGGAAUAGGAGUUUUAGUAAAUAAUGUAGGGAUGAGUUAUAAAUAUGCUGAAUAUUUUCAUUUGGUACCUGAUGGUCAUAAGGUUAUGUGGGACUUGAUUAAUUCGAAUAUUACAUCAUGUACAAUGAUGAUGAAAAUUGUGUUGCCAAUGAUGAAGACAAAAGGAAUUGUUAUUAAUGUAUCAUCUCUAAUGGCUAUUUAUCCAAUGCCUAUGCUUACUGUAUAUUCAGCAUGUAAGGCAUAUGUAGAUUACCUUUCAAGAGCAAUACAGUAUGAAUAUAAAGAUAAAGGAAUUACUAUCCAGUGUGUUCUCCCAGCAUUUGUAGCAACUAAAAUGUCCAGUAGAAGACCAAGUUUAGAAAUACCAUCUGCUAAGACGUAUGUAUCAAGUGCAAUAAAGACAGUUGGAAUUGAAGAUAAUACUUAUGGGUACUUUCCUCAUAAAGUGAGAGGCUUUGUCCACCAAUGGUUAAAAGCUUAUAUGCCAGCAUGGUUCAAUUUAGCUUUAUCAAUAUAUUUCAUGAAAAAAUAUAAAGAAAGUUAUUUCAGGAAAAUGAAAAAGAUGAAGGAAUCUCAAAAGACAGCGCUAUCUUCAAAGGAUUAAUAAAUAUUUUUUCUUUAUUGUAAAUAUUUUAUGUGGAAAAAAAAUUUUGGUUACUUUUUAAAUUCUGUAAGAGGGAUUUUUUUUUUUAAAAAAUAAAG